AUGGCCACCCCCGAGAUUUCAAAUUUGUUCGAAACUCGGCCGGGCCGUUAUGUUCAUGGCUUUUUUGUAGCCAAGGGCUCGACGAGGAGGACUGGGUGGGAGGAGUGCGCCAGACGGCUCUCGGAUAAGGCUAGUUUGGAAACAAGACUGAGCCUCAUUGCGCAGAGUUGGGUUAAGCUAUGCGCUCACCUCAAGGCUGUGCAACCCCUAACCCGUGGCACCUCGGCCAUCCCUGCGAUCUCCCCGCAAUGGGCUCGCCUUGCGCCCUUCGAUGAGGAGGACCUCGACUCACCGUUCGAGACUCUCGCCGACCCAACCGACACUGGCGCAUGCGCGUGUAGACGCCAGCCCCCGUCAAACAACCUUCCCAGCGUCGGGUCGGCGCCUAUCGCGCAUAGCCCGGAUAGAAGACGCCGGAAGGGUGGCCUUCUCAACAACCCGUCGACCGGCCUUCGGAUUGAUUUUACAAGCGAGGAGGGCUUUCGACAGAAUGCCAAGAAAAAUAAGAAGAAUAAUGCGGCGAAAGCCAACAACAACAAUAGCAACAAGAACAACAACGCGGACAAUGGGGCGAAGAAGGAGGAAGACGCUGGCGAGACAAAUAACGGCGACGCUAGCGGAAAUGCCCCAGGCGGAGACGCUGGCGGUGGUGACGGGGGUGGAGGCGACGAUAAGAAGGAUGACGACAAGAAGGAGGAGGUAAAAGAGGAAGAGGCAAAAGAGGAGGCAAAAGAGGAGGCAAAAGAGGAGGCAAAAGAGGAGGAGAAGGAGGAAGAGAAAAAGGAGGAGGAGAAGAAGGAGGAAACCGAACCGAUCGAUGACUGGGGAGAGUUCACCGGGGCCAGCAAGAAGAAGAAGAAGAAAAAGGGUGCUGCUGUUAUUGAACCUCCGCCUGUGCCGGACCCUCCAGCUGUGGUGGAAGAGAAGGCGGCGGAUCCUGCGCCGCCCGCUGUCGAAUCCGGACCGGGUGGCUUCCAGUCCUUCUCUGACAUUAAGUUGGACGACAAACGCACUGCCGACGCUCAACCAAGCACCACCGGGACCAAAUCUUCACCGUUUGGUGGGUGGGCCCCCACGAGUUUCCUCUCCAGUUGGGGGUUGGCCGGUUCGAGGUCUUCCGUUAAGGCCAAGGAUUCAGUCGAAGAUGUUACCUCGGAUACCAAAACCAGUAAACCCCAAAAGGACGACAGUCCCAGCUUCUCCUUCAGUGCCACCGCCAACAAAGCGGGCGGGAACGGCCAGGAGAUGAAACCUACCGACAACGAAGCCAACGACCUUGCUUUCUCCACGACGAAGACGAAGACGAAGAAGAAAAAGAAGGCGAGCGUCUGGGAUGAUCCAGAACCCGAGCCAGAACCCGCUGUUGAAGCCCCCGCCCCUGCUCCGGAUCCGCCUGACGUGCUAGAAGAGGUUGACGGAUUCUCCAUAUCGAGCAAGAAAAGCAAGAGCAAAAAAGAGCCUUCGAUCGCCGAGGAAACCAACAUCGAAGGCUUCAAAGGCUCUGACAGUGCAUGGGAAUUCUGGGGUGCUAAAAAGAAGACGAAACCUCCCGUUUUUCUUGACGAACCGAAGCCUUCCGAGCCAGAACCCGACCCCCAAUUAGACCCUCCAGCAGGCCCCAAGACGACCGGCAGCGAUGGUGCUGACAACGGCGCAGACCCUGAAUGGGAUUGGGGCGGUACCACGACCACGAAGAAGUCCAAGAAAAACAAAGGUAAGGUUGGAAUUGCUGACGAGCCUCCCAAGGACCCCGAGCCGGAACCGAUCCCAGAACCCGAUCCUGCGCCAGAUGGCACGGGUGACGACUUUUGGGGUAGCAUUGGUACGAAGAAGAGCAAGAAGAAGAGUAAAAUUUCGGAACCCGAACCGAAAAUAGAACGGCAGCCUACCCCUGAACCGGAGCCUAUCUGGGGUUUAAGCAAAAAGGACAAGAAGAGCAAGAAGAAGGCCGCCGCGGAGCCUGAUCCGCCCAAGGCCCCAGAGCCUGAACCGGAGCCCGAGCCCGAGCCCGAGCCCGAGCCCGAGCCCGAACCAGAGACAGAGCCCGUGCCAGAGCCCGAACCUGAACCCGAACCCGAGCCUGAACCGGAGCCCGUGACGAAGUCAUCGAAGAAAGAAUCGAAGAAAGGGGAAUCGAAGAAGGAGAAGAAAAAGAAGAGCAAGAAAAGCGAUCCUGACCCCGAGCCCGAACCCGAGCCCAAGCCGGCGCCUGAGCCCGAAGCUGCACCCGAGCCAGAACCGGAACCGGCACCGGCACCAGAGCCCGAUGAGCCAGCGGAUGAUGGUUUCUGGGGAUUCUCGUCUAAGGAGAAGAAAAAGAAAAGUAAAAAGGAAUCACAACCCGGCCCGGCGCCCGUCAAGGAGCCAGAGCCGGACCCGGCAGUAGCGCCCGAGAAGUCAACUGAAAGUUUCUGGGGGCUCGGUUCUAAGGAGAAGAAAAAGAAGAGUAAAAAAGAACCGCAGCCUGACCCAGAGCCAGAGCCAGAGCCAGAGCCAGAGCUAGAACCAGAGCCAGAGCCAGAGCCAGAGCCAGAACCAGAGCCAGAACCCGAAAAAGAGGAGAGCGACCCGUGGGGCUUGUCGACCUCAAAGAAAGAGAAGAAGAAGAAGAAGGGCAUAGCCUCCGACCCAGACCCGGCGAAGAAACCAGAGGAUGACUUCUUCGCCUUGAUUAGUUCCUCGAAAAAGGACAAAAAGAAGAAAAAGGGGGAGGUUGUACAAGCGCCCGAGACGCCAGCGCCCGAGCCUCAAGCGCCCGAAACCAAUGACAAAGAUCUCAUCGAUAUCGACAAACCGGCAGAAUUGGACAAGACCGGUGGCUUUUUUAGUUCCUGGCUCACCGGGGGCGGGGGGGCGAAGGGCGCGGCGGAUGAGAACCCGGCCGGGGAAGAUGAUGCUUGGGGAUGGGGUACUGGUUCAAAAAAGGGGGACAAGAAGACCGAGGAGGAAGACGAGCAAGCCAGGAUAGAAGAAGAGGAGAAAGCCCGGAUAGAGGAAGAGGAGCGGCAGCAAAAAGAGGCUGAAGAGCAAGCCGCCAGGGACGUCGAGGAUUCUGAGGCGGCUAGGGAGGAGGAGGAACUGGCAGCACUCAAGAGCAAGAAGAAAAAGAAGAAGGCCGACCGAGACGAAAUCGACCGACUGACAGCUAGCAUUAGGAGGCGGGCUGACGACAGAGCCGCACGUGAGGCCGAGCAGGCCGAGCAGGCUGAGCAGGAGAGGCAGAGAAAGGAAGAGGAGGAUCUGGCUGCUCAGGAGGCUGCGGAUAAUGCGAACCGUGAUGCGGAAGAGGCGGCCGAAAGGGAACGUCUGGAAGCAGAAGAAGCUGCGGCGGCAGCGGCAGCCGCGGAAGCCGAAGCCGAAGCCGAAGCGGUUGCAGCAGCAGAAGCGGCGGCGGAGGCAGCAGCAGCAGAAGCGGCGGCGGAGGCAGCAGCAGCAGAAGCGGCGGCGGAGGCAGCUGCAGCAGAAGCGGCAGAAGCGGCAGCAGCCGAAGCGGCGGUGGAAAAAGCAGCGGCGGAAAAAGCCGCGGCCGCAGCCGCAGUAGCCGCUGCAGAGGCCGAGGCAGCGUCUUCGAAAAAAUCCAAGAAGACUAAGACUAAGGGUAAAGAGAAGGAGAAGGAAAAGGAGAAGGAAAAGGAGAAGGAAAAAAUAAAAGAAAAGGAAAAAGAAAAGGAGAAGGAGAAGAAGGGGAAGAGCAAAGGCAAGGAAAAAGACAAAGGAAAAGAGAAGGGCAAAGCUGACGAGGACGACGAGUUUGGGGACGUCGAUCUCACACCGGAACAGGUGGAGGAAUUGUUGGCUGGUGACACCAAAGAGGCAGGCGGGGAGGAGGAGGAAAAGCAGACCAUCUCGAGGGACGAGCCGGCUCCUGCGCCUGCGCCUGCUGACAACGCCUUCAGCUUUUGGGGGGCUGCCAAGAAGGGGACAUCCAAGAUCACAGCGCGGCUGAACCCGUGGCUCCCAGAGCCUGAACCUGAACCUGAGCCAGAGCCAGAGCCUGAGUCUGAGCCUGAGGCAGAGGAUACCCCUCCCCAGGCAGACGUCCGGGAAAUUGCGCAUGCUGAGUCAUCUGCCCGUCUGGGACCUAUCGCCGCCGCCGCGAUUGGGGCUGCCGCGACCGAGGUGUGGGAUGACCCCGUCCCGGUCAAGUCGAGCAGGCCCAAGAAGGCUGUCGGCGGAAAGAUCGCAGACCGCCUGCGCGCCUUUCAGGUAAUUGACGACGAGCCUGAAGAAGACGAGCACCCCCAAGAAGACGAGCACCCAGAGGACGACGAGCCAGAAGACGCCGAGCCAGAAGACGUCGAGCCAGAAGACGCCGAGCCAAUUGAGCCGCCAUCUCCGCCCCCGCCACCACCGCCCCCGCCUGCUCCUGUCGCGGUGCCCGUGUCGCUGCCAAAAGAGAAGAAGAAAAGCUCCAAGAAGAGCAAGAGCAAAAACAAGGAGCAGGUCAUCGACGUCGACACUUCCGCGUCUUACCCACCCCCUCCACCUCCGCCACCUCCCUUUAUCCCUCCCCCGCCCAACUCCGGCUUGCCCGGUAGCUUCCCACUGAGCGAAGAGGAACAUCACAACGACAACUACGGCUACCGUCGCCGCCACGACUACGGCCACGAUGAAGAUGAGAUAGUCCAAGUUGUUGACAUGUCAGCCCCAAAGAGGAGCAAAAAGUCCAAGAGGGCCAAGGCUUCCCCUGAAUUCAUCGACCUUCCUCCACCGCCGCCGGCGGUUCCUGAUCCACCGUCUCCCGCAGUUCCCGAUUCACCACCGAUGAUGACACCAGCUACAGUCCGCAUGGCUAAAAAGGAGCGGCCCAGGGUCAAUCGUGAGGGCUCGUCAUCGUGGAAUGCAUGGACGGCGGCUCCAGAUAAGGAUCCGAAGCCCCCCUCUAGGCCGAGGCCGGAGAGGGAGCCCAGUUCCAGAAAAAGGUCAUCCGCGGAGAAGGCCGAGAAAGUCGAGAAGCCACCAUCGCGAGGCUCCGGCUCAGAGGGGACAGAUAAGCCAAGGGCCAGAGACCACCCGGCACGGUUCGCUAGCGUUUUCGCGAGUACUCCGCCACUGUCCCGCCCGAUUUCUAACCGGGAAAAGCGCUCCAGCAAGCCGAGUUCACGCAGGCACUCAAUCGACAUAGACGGCGGCCUGGCGAGCCCGCCUCCGGAGGAGAUGUCAGCUAAAGCCGCCAAGGUUCUCGGUGUUGGCACCGGUCCCGGCCUUUCGCGGUCGGGUAGCAGGCGAAGCAGGAAGGAAGAGGACGAUGACAUUGUGGUGAAAGCUAACGCCGCCCCGCGCCAGCAAUAUUCACGAGAGGAUGACGUUGUCAUGGUGGAUGCGGCCGAUGCGGCACCGCGGUCCCCCCUGAAACGUUCCAACUCGACUGCCAAAAAGUCAGCCUUCUCGUCCUUGUUCGGGGGCGUCUUUAAAGGAGAUAAAGCAGAUCCGCGUAUAGAGCCGCGCGCCGAACCCCGUCGCCGUGGUACCUAUCCCACCACAGACGAAGAAGGAGGUAGGCGCGGCGGCGAGGAGACCGACGCGGAGCGAGAGGCUCGCCGCGCUGCUCGCCGCAACCGCCGGGCCGAGAAAGAAGCCGCAGAGCGGGCUGCGGUAGAACAAGCCGCCGAGGAGGCCCGCCGCGCUAAGGACGAGGCCCGUCGCGACCGACGCAAGAGACAAGUGGAUGACGACGAGGUUCGUCGACAGGAAGAGAAAGAGGCCCGCCGCGCCGAGAGACGGGCGCAGCGUGCACAGGAGGAUGCUGAGCGCCAGGCUGCCGAACUUAAAGAAGCCGAGCGCGCCGAGCGCAGACGGCGGCGCGCCGAGAUGGACGCGGCUGAGGUGGAGGCGGAUGCCCGCCGUGCCGCUAAACAUCAUGAACGUCGCCGCAGUUACCAACCCGAGGAGUCCAGUUACGAUGACGACGAAGAACGCCGCCGUCGCCGGGAAGCCCGCCGCGCAGCGAAGGAAGGAAGGGAGCGCGAGGAACGACCGUCCCGGCGCAGGCCCGAGGUACCCGAGCAUCCAGUCUACCCCGGAGCAUCUCGCGAGAAUAACGGUGCCUCCUGGCCGCACUCGGGCACGUCGUCCUGGGUCAAAGAGCACUCCGACGCCCCACCACCUCCGCCCAACGGCGAAGCCGCAGCGCCCCCUCCGGCGCCCGAGCCCGAAAUGGUCGACGACGACGAAGAGGCACGUCGGGAAGCCCGCCGAGCAAGACGCCAAGCCAAGUAUGCCGAGGCGGCGGCGGGCAUGACCCAGGAAGAGUAUGACGAGGACAGGCGGCGGAGGAAACGGCGGGAGGAGAGGGAGCGGGACAAGUACCGCGACAGGGAAAGGGGUGCGGAUGGCUACAGGGAUAGGGAGAGGGAGAGGGACUUACAGGGACAACAGGGAUGUCAGGGAUAUCAGGGACAGGGAGCGGCGCCCCUGUCUCGGAUGGCAGCGACGGUCGGCGGGAACAGCCGACGAAAUUCUGCCAUGUUCAUGGAUGCCACGCCAAGAAGCUCCUGGUGGAAGAGGUUAACGGGAGGUGGAUGA